AUGUCUGUGGAGUGCUUGGCAUUUGGAAUAAAUGGCAGCUGGCUAGUCCCCAGGGGCAAAAAGCAUGGCUCCAUUCUUGACUUCAAGACUUACGCAGAGAUGGACCCCACAACAGCGGCUUUGGAGAAGGAGCACGAGGCGAUCACCAAGGUGAAGUAUGUGGACAAGAUCCAUAUUGGAAACUAUGAGAUCGAUGCCUGGUAUUUCUCGCCAUUCCCUGAGGACUAUGGGAAACAGCCUAAGCUGUGGCUCUGCGAGUACUGCCUGAAGUACAUGAAGUACGAGAAAAGCUACCGCUUCCACCUGGGCCAGUGUCAAUGGCGGCAGCCCCCAGGGAAGGAGAUCUACCGAAAGAGCAACAUCUCCGUGUAUGAGGUAGAUGGCAAAGACCAUAAGAUUUAUUGUCAGAACCUGUGUCUGCUGGCCAAGCUUUUCCUCGACCACAAGACAUUGUACUUCGAUGUGGAGCCCUUCGUCUUUUACAUCUUGACUGAGGUGGACAGGCAAGGGGCUCACAUCGUGGGUUACUUCUCCAAGGAGAAGGAGUCCCCAGAUGGAAACAAUGUGGCUUGCAUCCUGACCCUGCCCCCUUACCAGCGCCGUGGCUACGGGAAGUUUCUCAUUGCGUUCAGCUAUGAGCUCUCCAAGCUGGAGAGCACAGUAGGCUCCCCAGAGAAGCCACUCUCUGACCUGGGCAAGCUCAGCUACCGCAGCUACUGGUCCUGGGUCCUGCUGGAGAUCCUGCGAGACUUCCGUGGCACAUUGUCCAUUAAAGACCUCAGCCAAAUGACCAGUAUCACCCAGAAUGACAUCAUCAGUACCCUGCAGUCCCUCAAUAUGGUCAAGUACUGGAAGGGCCAGCACGUGAUCUGUGUCACGCCCAAACUGGUGGAGGAGCACCUGAAAAGCGCCCAGUAUAAGAAACCACCCAUUACAGUGGACUCUGUCUGCCUCAAAUGGGCCCCGCCCAAGCACAAGCAAGUCAAACUCUCCAAGAAGUGAGCACGCUGCUGCAUCCGGGACCCCUGCCUCCCUGCCCUGUAAAUAAUGUACAGACCUGUUUCUUCAUUUUUUAAUAAAGUGAAUUCUGCUGGUG